UCUGUCACGGCUCCCCUGGCCCUUCCUCUUCCUGCUACACUUGCUCCUCCACACUUGCCGCUGGCACCAUGCAGACUCUUCACCUCCUCCUCCCUCUCUUCCUUCUCGUCCUCCUCCCUGGGACGUGGACAGAUCCACAGGGCUCUUGUAAACUCCACCUUUUCUUCACCUUUGUGUUCCACAACACCAACAAUGUGGACAUUUUGUCCUGGGCCACCCUGGAGGACAUCAUCUUUGCUACUCUGCAGAAUGACACCUGGAACAUCCUCUACCUCCAGCCAUGGGUCUACCCAGCCCUGCCUGCAGCAGAGUGGGUCAACUUGCACAACCUGUUCAGGAUCUACCUGCACAACUUCAUCCUGACCCUGUCCAGUGAUGUCAGGCUGUACCACACACCCUACCCUUUUGUGUUCCAGUGCAUGACUGGCUGUGACUUGUAUCUCAAUGGCUCCUAUACCAAAUUCUUCCAUCUUGCCUACAACGCCGACGACUUCCUCAGCUUCGACGUGGACAACAGGCUCUGGAAGAGGUGGCAGGAGAGUGAGCUGGCGAAACAAGUUGAGAUGCAGUUCAACACCUUCACUGGCUUCUCUGCGACCCUGCAGCACCUUCUAAAUGUCACCUGUGUUGAACACAUGAAGAAAUUCAUCAAGUACGGGAGGGCAGCUCUGGAGAGACAAGAGCCACCUGUGGCCACGGUCUUUGCCCGCACGCCCAGACCAGACCAGCUCCUGCUGGUUUGCCGUGUCACCGGCUUCUACCCACGGCCCAUCAGUGUGGCCUGGCUGCGGGAUGGCCAGGAGGUGCCGCCGGGCCCGGCGCUCAACACCAGCACCAUCCUGCCCCACGCCGCCCACCAACUCCGCAGCGUCCUGGCCGUGGCUCCCCGUGAUGGGCACAGCUACGUCUGCCGCGUGCGCCACAGCAGCUUGGGCACCCACAGCCUCCUCAUCCCAUGGGCUCCAAGGUAGCUCUCAGUGUCAGCAUCACCAUCGCAGUGCUGCUGGCCGUGGCUGCAGCCCUUGCUGGGGCCAUCUGGCACUACAAGCGCAGGAGCUGAGACCAUGGGACACAGCACAGCAGGGGUGCCCCAGGGUCACACCAGCCCCCCACAUCUCCCUGAUAAUAAACUGCUAAUUAACAUCCCAUGCAUGUGGGAACUCCUGGUGUGCCAUGCCUAG